UUUCAUAAGUUUCAUUAAAUUAAUCCUUCGUUUGAAAUUUAUUUAGAAAAUCAAAUUGACUCAUAGAAAUAAAUGCUUAGGAAGGUACUGAAAUAUGAGCAGUAUAUAGUGGCGACAAUGACGGUAUUGUGAAAAACGAACGGUCAGAUUACAUUAGAAAAAAAGGCUUGUUCAGAGUUACUCGGUGGCUGUAAUUUUAAGCAGUAAUUAAUUGUUGAAAAGAUUAAUAUUUUCGAAAAAGAAAAAUAUGGAAGCAGAACCUGUGGAACUUGAGGAAGGCGAAGUUAUUGAUGAUGAGGCAAAUGACAUUGAAACAUAUAACGUUUUAAAAAGACCUCAUGAAUUUUUAAACAAAGAGGAACAUGUAAAAAUGGGCUACAGUGAUGAGUCUGAUGAUUCUGCGGAUUCUGAAAGUGAUUCCGAUUCUGAUUCUGGACAUAUCAGAAGUAAAAGGCCCAAAUUAAAACUAAAACGGUCUAGAAAUUUAAUCAAGAAUUGGAAGGGAAAAAAUGAUAAAUAUAAAAUAUGGUGCACUCAGUUGCAAGAAGAAUCUUUAACGGAAGACUUAGUAUUGUGUGGUGUAACAAAGAAACAAAAUCAGGAGCGCAGUGUUGAGAAUUAUAGUAUUCCACACCAUUAUUCUUCUAAUGAUAGGUGGAAUAUGGGACAUCGUAAUAAUAAUAGUUCAGAAGAUGAAAAAGAUAGCGAAAAAAGAUUAACAAAUAAAAGAACAAACUCAGACAGAAGUAAUAUUAAACUAAGAUUAGGAAAGAAACUUAAUUCAAUGAGUACAGAUAAUCAAAAGGGAACUGGACGGAAAAUAGCGGAUUUAAGUACAACAAUUGAAUCAACUGAUGCAGAUGUUGCAACAGAUAUAACAUCAAAACUUAACGAGAAGAAAGAUCUUCUAAUCAGAAGAAUUGUAGAUAUAAUUGGUAAAGAAAAAGCUAUUGAUUUUUUCCAAAAAACAAAAAAGAUUGAAGAAGGAGGUGGUAUGUUAAUAAUGAAUGGAUCUCGAAGAAGAACUGCAGGGGGUGUUUAUUUAUGGUUAGUAAAAAAUGAUAAAUAUAUACCUCAAGAAAAAAUAAGGGAAAUUUUUUAUUACGACAAAAAAGAACACGCAGAAGAAAAAAAAGCUGAUGCUGCUGCAAGGAGACAGAAGGCUCAAGAAUUAAUCAAGUGUUUGGAAAAUGGAUCAGAAAAAGAUCUUCCUGCCCUGUUAACAAAAUCAGAACUCUCUACAAGAGAGAUAGCAGAAGAAGCAAGAUUAAGGCGUGGUGAGGGAAUGGAUAGAAUGCCAGUGGAUUCAGAUCGUACAAUGACUAAUCCACCUCCUAGUCCUGUGACUGAUGAUCCUGAUCAUACAGAACAUCCACUUAUUCAGAGGCAUGUCCAAGAGUAUGGAGAGGACUUUCUUGAUAUUGGAAUAGACAUAGAUAGUAUGGAAGUACUAUAAAUUAUCUUUUAUUAUUUCUUUGUAAUAUGUAUUGCGCAGAUAAUUUGUACAAAACGAAGUUCUACUCAUUGCUAAAAUCUCCACAUAAAGCCACAUGCAUAAGAGCACAUGUGCGUACAUACACAAAUACACAGACAUAAUGUGAAUACAGUUUAUAUAGUUUGUAUGUAUGCCUAUAA